AUGAACGAACAUUCCAUAAUACAGGUUUGUAACUCUGUUGUUACAAGGCUAAAUGAAACAUUUAUCCAGGAACCUUAUAUAAAAGAUGAUAUCUCCGACUGUAAUAAGUCAUCGAUCUAUCUGCUCCGCGAUUGCUUAAGAGACACAUCUCGUGGUGAAGGUUCAUUGGUGAAAGCAUCUUCUCUUGUGGAUUAUGCCAGAGAGAAACUCCACACAUUCCCUUAUAAAGAUGUUCCCCUUUCUUGGAGGCGGUUCCACACUGACGCCACCUUGGUAAAAGGUGUGUGCGAAAUUUUUUUGGCGAUCAAUCUCUUUGAAGAAAAAGGCUCAUGGGAACAGGUAAUAGGAACACUGGAUAUGACCUUGAUAAUGACGGGAGCACCCGGAAGUGGAAGGAGGGAAAUGAUAUUUGAGCUUAUAGAAGAAACGAGGAAAAUAUUGAAAAAACUCGAUCACAAUUCAACGAUUGUCUCUUCCCAGAAAAUCAAAACCGCCUCAAAACGUGUUGUUGAUGACGAUCUGUUUCAAAAUCCGAUCGACAACAAGGAUUAUACAAAAAAAGUAAAAUCGAGCCCUACAGAAGUUAUUACUGACACCCAUUCAAUUCCAAUUAUAAAUAAUCCGCUAUCCAAAGUGUCACAACCCAGUCUGACCGCCUUCACAUCCCAUGUGACGUUAAAAGAUCCAACACCUUUCAUAAUUACUUCUAGCAUAUCACAUUGGCCCGCAUUUUCAACAAGACCUUGGAAUACCGAUUAUCUACUGGAUAAAAUUGGGAGAGAAAGGUUGGUUCCGGUAGAGAUUGGAGCAAAGUACACAGAUGAAUCUUGGACUCAAAAGAUAGUAAAUUUUGGUGAAUUUGUUGAGAGAUGGAUCAAGAAUUCAGAUAAUGAAAACAUUGCUUAUUUGGCACAGCACGACCUGUUCACUCAAGUCCCCAGCCUCCAAGAUGAUGUGGUGGUCCCAGAUUAUUGCUUUGUGGACACGAAUUCAUUUGUCAUAAAUCUUAAUCGUGGCAACGAUAAUAAUGAUCAUUCGAGAAACAUUCGAUAUACCCCCCCACAGAAUAUAAUCACCAACGCCUGGUUUGGUCCUAAAGGAACCAUCUCUCCGAUGCACACUGAUCCAUAUCAUAAUCUGUUGGCUCAAGUGGUCGGUCGAAAAUACGUCAGAUUAUACUCGCCUAACGAAACUUAUAAAGUGUACCCCUUUGAAAAAGAUGGAUUCUUAAACAACACCAGCCAGGUCAGUGCUGCUUGUUCGCGCUCAGCUUUUUUCUUUUGUUGUAUGACCCGAAUAUUUGAAGCUAAUCAAACAUUUAUCGUCGUCCUUAAUCGAAUGUCAAAGGUUGAAGUCGAGAAUCCAAAUCUUGAUCAAUUCCCGUUAUUCGCUACUGCACAGUAUAAGGAAUGCAUUUUAGAACCUGGGGAAUUGCUAUAUAUUCCACCUGGUUGGUGGCAUUAUGUUCGAUCACUGAGUGUUAGUUUUAGUGAUAAUCUUAGUAUAGUUCAAAUCGCGUGA